GUGGGCGUCAAGAGCACGAUGGGGGGAGACGAUGAAGGCAAUCACGCUUUCAUCGUGGUGGGGCUGCUAGUAUCGUGGAUCCUCAUGGGGCUGUCAUAUGCUGUUUUGCUGUUUUCCCGAUACCUCGUCUACAAACAGAGCAAGGCGAUUGCCCCUGUGCCGUUGCCGCCCAGCUCGACAGUAGCCACGUCCAGCCCACACACGACAGAAGAAACUCCUUUCGUUGACGAGCUCCGUCCGGGUCCCUCACCGACCUUGUCACUUGCCGUCUAAGUCUGGCCUCAUCAGUCAUUGUUGAGAUGCACAAAAGCAUGUGGGGGGGUUUUCGAUUUUGGAAGAAACGGCGCCUCUCUCCUCAACUUCAGCCCAGUGGUGUCCAUAUUUAGCCCAUCGUGCUCAUCGCGCGACCGGCAGCACAACUCUACAUGCUCCAAGACGACCGCAUCAUCGUCGCCUUUAUGGUCAUCUCGACCUUCUUCGGCUGCCUCGCCUUCCUCGUUGUGUGCGGCAUGCGCCUGCACAUGGUGUGUGCUAGCAAACAAGUCGUAGCCACCAACAAAACGGCCUUGCUGCAUCUGCCUCCCGCCGCCUUGUCGCCGUGGGAAUUGCGCCCGCCCUCGACCGCCAACAGUCAUGCUAUUGUAUGACAUGGACACCCCACAUAAUUUACUUGUCCACGUUUGCUUGCCAAGUUGAGGUUUGUGUUUGCAGCGAGGACUGCCUCGUUUUUGGGCAGGUUGGCAUAAGGAUAUAUUCGAGAAGUGCAGAUCGCGACCUUUAUAACAGAGCAGUUUUGAC